GGGGGUUGGGGUGAGAGGGUAGAGGCCGACUGGGUGACAGACGCUGUACCAGCUGAACCGAAGCAUGGCGGCUGAGGCCGCCCCCGGAGCCACAGAGGCCUACCCUGUGGAUAUCCUGCAGGACGACUCGGAGGGCCAGCAGGCAGCUGCUCAGGUUUACUAUGACUUGCUCAGGGAAGGAGCCCAGGCCUCAGCCGAAGUUUUCUCCCUUCGCACUGGGGAGCAGGUCAAACUUGGAACUUCAUCUCUUCGAUUUUGCGCCAUGUACCGUGACGAACCUCAACAUAAAUUACUGACUUUGGUUAGUCCCCAGGACACAAAGACAGUUGUGGCUGUUUAUUUGAAAGACUUCUGGUGGUCCAUUGAAGACGUCCUAAGAACUUCUGAUCCCACAAGGGAAGGGCUCAUGAAGGUUCAGUCCUUCGGGGAAAGGAUUGUACUUUUUGUUCUCAACACCAUUGUUUUUGGAAGACUGGAGAGAAGUCUGGAUGAUGAUGACAUGUUUUUCUUACCUCACCCGGCGAAGGAGCAAGCUAAGAUUCUGUGGAGAGAUGGAGCGGCCGUUGGAUUUUAUUCAAUCAAAAUGAAAGGCAGCCUCUGUGGUGACGGCACCGGUGCAUGCUACCUGCUGCCUGUCCUUGACACCGUGUUUGUGCGGAGGAAGAACCGCAGCCAAGGCCUGGGGACAGCCAUGCUGAGGGACUUCUGUGAUACCUUUCAAGACCAUGAAGCCCUGGGUAUCAGUUGCCCAAUUUCUCCUGCAAUGUACAAAGUCCUCAGGCGGUUCCUGUCGAUCCAUCCAUGCGAGAGAGGGCGCUUGUGGGAGGUGGAGCCCCCAGGGGCCUGGGGCCAGCGCGCCAACAUCUGGCUCAAGGUUUGUCUUCGGGAGCCACAACCUCAAGACGGGACCACAGUGCAUCCUAAAUGCUCUGAAGAGGACACAAACAGCCCGGGGCAGACUGCUCAGGGUGAUGGACGCACACAAUUUGAUCACGGAGAAAGCCAUAAGGAGUGGAUCGCUGAAGAACGGGAGACACAGAGUGACCCAGAAAGUGUCAGAAGAGAGGAGGAAGCUGGGAUGCCCCCGAGACCCUCCUGGGAUGAGACGGAGGCCAAGGGAGCCAAGAGGACAGUGGCAGUCGCUGGGCUGGCUGGUGAGCCGUGGCAGAAGCGUGCGCGGCCAGCUCCUAACUCCUCAGAGGUUCAUCCGGCUUCAUCAGCAUCUGAGCCUGAGGGUUUGAAGUAGCCCUGAAUAGUCUCUGGUGUUGGAGACAGUGUCUCUGGGUCCUACCUAUCUCUGCUCACCUUUUAGGCUCUGGGCUGAGGGAGUCUGAAGAAGUGCUGGGGUAGGGAAAAUAUGCUCUGUAAAGUAAAAUGGCUUCCGCUCCCUAGGAAUAUGGUAUGCAUGGGGCCGUGUGAAGGGAUCUCUUAGUGGAAAUGGACUCAGAGCCGGGCCAUGUGCAGAGGUAAAAAGGGCAUGGUAGAAAGAAGACCAUUUGCCAUCCGCUCACUUGGCCUCCCUCCUGUGGCUGAGUGGAUUUGCCCAUUGUUGCUGUUGCUGCUGCUAAUUCCAUCAUGGCCAGCAGCACCAGGGUUUCCAGGCUUUCGUUGUGGACUAAGGACCAAUGUUUCCCCAGGAACCUUUUAGGUCUCAAACACCAAAUUGGACAUUGGGACUGCUGAGGUACUCAGCCUUGUGGACUGAGAAAUUACCAGCCCCCCAUUUAAUGAGAGACAGCCAUUGUGGGACUCUUACUGCCGAGAUACCAGCCUCAGGGACUGAGUAACUACUGGUUCUCAGUUCUUAGCUGGUACCCUGCUAUUGUUUCUAUCUAAAGCUGACCUACUAAAUUAUUCUAUCAUCUAUCUUUCUGUCUCUCUGCCUAUCUAUCUAUCUAUCUAUCUAUCUAUCUAUCUAUCUAUCUACCUACCUACAUCUAUCUAUCUAUCUAUCUAUCUAUCUAUCUAUCUAUCUAUCUAUCUACAUCUAUCUAUCUAUCUAUCUAUCUAUCUAUCUAUCUAUCUAUCUAUCUAUCUAUCUAUCUAUGUGGUUUGAAUGAGAAUUCCUCCCCUGCCCCCACAGACACAUAUAUUUGAAUGUUAGGUCCUCAGUUAGUAGAACUGUUUGGGAAGGUUUGCUGAAGGAGGUGUGGUUUUGUUGGAGAAAGUGUGUCAGUGGGGAUGGAGUAGGGUGGGGUUGGAAGUUUCACAAGUCCAUGACAAGCCUAGUUUCUCUCUGUCUGCUGCCUGUGGAUCAGGAUAUAAAGCUCUCAGCUACUUCUUCUCUGGUAUUAUUCCUGCCUACCUGCCAUCCCACUCCAUAUCAUGAUGGUAAUGAAGCUAUAAGCAAGCUCCCAACCAAAUGCUUUGUUGUAUAAGUUGCCUUGGUCAUGGUGUCUUCUCACAGCAAUAGAAGAGUAAGACAGCAGUUGGCACCAGGAGUGGAGUAUUGCUGUGACAAGCCUGACCAUGCUGUUUGUUGGAGGAAUAUGGAAGACUCUGGGACUUUGUACAAGAAAAGUGGUUGGAUGCUUUAAGCCUGGCUUAAUGGACCAUCCUAGUAGGAGCGUGGAGGACAGUGAUGCUGAAGAUGAUGUGGAACUGUGUAGGCCCAGCUCAUCAUGUUUCUGGGGAAGAACUAUUAGCAGGUGGCCUAGAGAUCAUUCUUGUGUUAUUUUGGCAAAGAAUGCGACUGCUUUUUGUCCUUGUUUUAAAAAUCUGCCUGGGCAUAGUUGAAGAGUUUUGUAUGGCUACUCUUGGCAGAGGAGAUUUCAAGACUGCCUAGUAUCGACUGUGUCAUGUGGUCAUUAGUGACCAUUCUUUUGCAAUCUACAAUGAGAAACACAAAAUGUACAGUUUGAGAAGAAAGAGAACACCAGAAAGUGUAAUGUGGGAGCCAAGUUCUGUGCUCAGGUUGUUAAAAAAAAAAAAAAAAGGCUUGUUUCUAAAUGGUAACCUCA